AUGGGUUGGAACGAUUUUUUGCAGGCGUGGGAACGCGUGACCUCUGAAGAGUCCUUUGUGGAGCGUGUGACUGCUGCUUUUUCCAGGGCCACGAACUCGCCUGCGGUCAAAGGCUCGUCUGAGUUCCGUCGGAGGAAAGCUGUCCUCUUGGUGGUCAUCCGUGCGCUGGUGCAGCUUCUCAUCGGUACUCAGCAACAGUCUGGGGCCAUACGGCUGGUCCGAACUCGAGAAAGAGAGCUCGAGGGCACGGAGGCAUUGCCAUAUCAUCCUUACGCUACGUUCGUCGAGGAUACCCUGGAAGAGGUCAGAGGAGUGCUUCAGGCACCUUCGCCGGAGCCUGAGAUACCGGCUCCGAGGCAAGUACCUUGCCCGGAACACCAGGCGCUCUCAUCUUCUUCUUCUGCCGCGCCGCGUGUUGCACCUUUGGAAGUGGUCGAAGUGCGUGAGGACAUCCCUGUCCUGAUUUCAUUGGAUUUCAGCGGGGUGCUCAACAUCCACUUUCAGGACAGCCGAGAUUUUUUGGACCGUUUGAACGCAGAGCGUCCGAGCCACGUGAAGCUGAAGUUUAUUUGCACGAGUUACUCUGGGACAGAACGGGCCAAAGAAACGCGUCAGUCGAUGGCUUCGGAGCUUCCGGGCGUGCCAGUCUACAUCACUAGCUCUCCAACGGGCCGUCCUGGAAAAGGAGCCUUCAUUAAGCGUUUGAUGGACCGGCGGUCGGAUCACUUUGCGUGUCAUUUGGAUGACAGAUCAGACAUCGUGCGGGACGUCGAGGCGUAUGGUGUUCACGGUAUUUUGGUAUCGCCGAAUACGUGGCUGACUGAUCUCGUGCCCACUGUGUUGUUGUGGCUGCGGUCCCUGUAA